AUGCGCUGGCCGCCGGCCUUCGAGGCGGGCCUCCUGAACCGCUGCCGGCCCCUCGCGGAGGAGUGCACGCGCCCGAGGCCCGAGCUCCGCCCCAGCGUCAAGGAGGUCUUCCCGAUCCUCCUGGGCAUGGAGGGUCAGACCGCCCCGGCCAGGCCCUCGGGCGGCUCCUCCGGCGAGGAGUCGGCACCGACGCCGCCACAGUGGCACGCGCCGCCGGUCUUCGGCGUCUUCGCCUUCGAGUCGGAGCACGCGUUCUCUUCCAUGACCAUGAGGAGCACCCCCUCCACGCAGCUCGCCGCGGUGCCCGAAUCCGCCGUCGUGAUUCCCUCCAGCCCCGCGGACACGGGGCUGGUACAUGGCGAGCGGCUGGUUCACAGCUCGUACCUCCCCACCCCCCAUGAGACGUUGCUGAAGGCUGUCGGCUUCGUGCUGAUGCAGUCCAACCACGGCGUCGACGCCAGCGAGGGGUGCUGCUGGAUGCACGCUGGUCUUCGGAGGCUGAGGAUAGUAUGCAGUGAGAUGCAGGAGAUGCCGUGCGACGGCUGGGACGUGCCCGUCAGUGGCCAGUGCAAAGAUUGUCGACUCCUGUGCAUCGACGGUGGUGCAAAGAUGGGUGCCUGCAACUUUUGCGGGGGGGGCAUAUCAGAUCCCCUGACUGCCGAGGCUCGCCCUUUGGACUUGCAUCGGAACUAA